AUGGCGGAAGAUUGGCGCAGUGAAGCUUUCCGACGUAAAGUCAUCGCUCAGAUAGACGAAGCAGUGAGAAUGGCUGCUACACCCAUGACAAAAUCUAGCAUGGAAAUGGAAAACCAUGUAUUUCUUAAAGCCAAGACCAGAGAAGAGUACUUAGCACUUGUAGCUAGACUUAUCCUCCACGUCAAAGGAAUAAAUGCCCAAAAAGAAAAGGAAAAGAAAGGGAUGGGUCCAGGAGGGAUGAUGUAUUCUCAACAACAGGGUAUGCCACAAGGUGGCGCUACAGGACUGCAACAACAGCCAAUGCAGGACCCAAUCAAUGCCCUUCAGAAUCUUGCCAUGCAAGGCACAACUGUGUCUGGCCAGCAAACAGGAAUACUGACUCCUCAGCAACAGGCACAGAUGCAGCAACAGCAACAACAGCAACACAGACAACAGUUGAUGCAGCAACACAUGUUACUACAGCAACAACAACAACAACAGCAGCAACAGCAACAACAACAACAACGUAACAUGGCCAAUAUGCAACAACAGCGACCACCAUUACAGAGGCAGGAUGCGUUCAUUGUGACAUCUGCUGACAAGGUUCAGAUUCAGCCUGUUGCCCAACAGCUACCGGCCAGUGCCAACCCACAGCAGCAGCAACAACAACAACAACAGUCCCAGUACCAACACCAGAACAUGCCUGUAGGACAACAGCGACCUGGACCCCAGGGGGUACCCAUGUCCCAACCUGGAAACUUCCCUCAGGGGAACAUUGGGCAGCAGGCACAGCCUCAACAAAUGAUGUCUCAGGCCAGCACCGUGUCAUCAGCUGUUCCUUCCCCUAUCCAACAGUCAACAGGGUCCCAGAUGACCCACUCACCAAUCUCAAUGAUGACAUCCCCCUCCCCCCAGGGCUAUGUAGUCCCGUCCCCUGCGUCUCGGAACUUCAGUGCUCUUUCUCCUAGUAGCACAAACCUCAACACACCAGCCGCUGGAUCUGGCCAGGCUCCAAUAUCACAGGAGGACCAAGCUUACCUUGACAAGUUAAACCAGCUGUCUAAAUACAUAGAGCCACUUAGGAGAAUAAAUCGUCGUAUGAUGAACAGACAGUCUGCAGACAAGGAUGAAGACAGAGUGAGGGAAAUCCACAAGAUGAAGAACCUACUGGAAAUCUUGACAGAUCCCUCUAAAAGGUUACCAUGGAAAACUCUUCUCAAAUGUGAACAGGUGCUACUCAAACUUGAACUGGAAUGGGACAAAACUGGAGAAUUGGCUCCAUCAGCAGAUACAGUUGUCACCAAGGCCACAACGACAGCCACUCACAUGUGUCAGCCAUUAUUAGAUGCAGUGGCUGCACACAUGGCAUCACCAAUGUUGAACCACUCCUUACAGCGGACGUUUGGUCCAGCCGUUACAGCCUUACAUGGCAGUCCAAUCAGGGCGCCAAGUCCACCUCCGAAACGUCGCCGUGUUGAGGAACAAGAACAUGAUGAAAUCCCUCACAUUCUUCAAGGCGAAAUUGCACGCCUAGGAAAUCGCUUUAAAGUCAACUUUGACCCAACGCAACACGGCGGGUCCAAGGAUAUCCACCUUCUUUGUCGCCUAGAUGAUAAGAACCUGCCCAGUAUACCACCCAUAUCUGUUAAAGUUCCGGGAACGUAUCCCAACAACAGUCCAGAGUGUGACACCACAGCAACAGAAUACGAAUCCAACAUCUUCCUGCAGUCAGUACAAAAUACUCUAGAGGUUCUCCUCUUACGGAUGCCUGACAAGUUUACAUUUACAGAGCUAUUAGACAAAUGGGAGAUGAGUGUGCGAAAAGCCUGUGCUGCAUCAGUCUGACCAUCCAGAAAUGCUACUGUCCAGUAACGUUAUGUCAGUCCUUAUCAUGAUGAAUUCAAGUGUUGGAGUCAAAUUUACAGAGCUUUCUGUGGCCAUCACUCAUUUCAACCAAGACUUUCUCCAACAGAGUUUCUCCAGAAUAGUUAGAUUAAAUAUAUAUUAUUCAACUAAUUCUUGAGGAAAACUUGAAAUCAUAUUUAUUUUGAAUUUGAGUAUUCAAAAAACACAUAAUAUUAGUCAGAAGCUGAGUAAAGAUAUUGGAAAUUCUUAUGAGAAUGUGGGAAAUACCUGGCUACCACUGGUGCUGUGAGGUCAAAAUCAAAUGCAAUUGUAGACAGAACUAAUGAAUCUCUGAUGUUGAUAUGGGGUCUUGCCGACAUAACAUGCUUCAACAACGGUAUAUCACAACCUGAUGUAGACAUGAGGUCGUUUAUACCUGGAUAGAGACACAUGUCAAAAACUGUAAGUCACAACCUGAUGUAGACAUGAGGUUGUAUAUACCUGGACUGUGACACAUGUCAACAACUGUAUAUCACAACUAGAUGUUGACAUGAGGUUGUAUAUACCUGGACUGUGACACAUGUCAAAAACUGUAAAUCACAACUGGAUGUAGACAUGAGGUUGUAUAUACCUGGAUAGAGACACAUGUCAUCAACAGUACAUCACAACUUGAUGGAGACAUGAGGUUGUAUAUACCUGGACAGUGACACAUGUCAAAAACUGUAAAUCACAACUGGAUGUAGACAUGAGGUUGUAUAUACCUGGAUAGAGACACAUGUCAUCAACAGUACAUCACAACUUGAUGGAGACAUGAGGUUGUAUAUACCUGGACAGUGACACAUGUCAAAAACUGUAAAUCACAACUGGAUGUAGACAUGAGGUUGUAUAUACCUGGAUAGAGACACAUGUCAUCAACAGUACAUCACAACUUGAUGGAGACAUGAGGUUGUAUAUACCUGGACAGUAACAUAUGUCAACAACUGUAUAUACCUGGAAAGUGACACAUGUCAACAACUGUAUAUCACAAUUUGAUGAAGACAUGAAGUUGUAUAUACCUGGACUGUGACACAUGUCAACAACUGUAUAUCACAACUAGAUGUUGACAUGAGGUUGUAUAUACCUGGACUGUGAAACAUGUCAAAAACUGUAAAUCACAACUGGAUGUAGACAUGAGGUUGUAUAUACCUGGAUAGAGACACAUGUCAUCAACAGUA